CAGCAAUCGGCGGCGGCGGCGCCUGCGGGGAGAAGGAGGGCGCGGGGCCGUGGGGGCCGUGGAGCUGCCCUGUCGAGCCGAGCGGAGGAGGAAACUGGGAUUAACGGGGCCGGAGGGCCUGGCUUCAGCACCCGGCGGAGCGCGGCGGCCAGCAGGGAGGGCCGAGGUCAGCGGCUCCGGGGCCAACCGCCAUGUCCUCCACCGUGAACAACGGGGCGGCCAGCAUGCCGUCCCCACCGGAUGCGGCGAACGGCUUCCCGCAGCCUGGCGCCUCCUCGGGGACCUGGCCGCGGGCUGAGGAGGAGCUGCGCGCCACGGAGCCGGGCCUGGUGAAGCGCGCGCAUCGCGAGAUCUUGGACCACGAGCGCAAGCGGCGCGUGGAGCUCAAGUGCAUGGAGCUGCAGGAGAUGAUGGAGGAGCAAGGAUACUCUGAGGAGGAGACCCGACAGAAGGUCAGAACUUUCCGGCAGAUGCUGAUGGAGAAGGAGGGAAUGCUCACCAGGGAGGACCGGCCUGGGGGCCACAUCGUGGCGGAGACCCCGCGGCUGCUCGAGGGCGCGGAGCCCGGCCUGGAGUACGCGCCCUUGGACGAGGACGACGGCCCGGUGGACUGCGACUGCCCGGCCGCCUGCUACCGCGGGCACCGGGGAUACAGGACCAAGCACUGGUCCAGCAGCUCCGCGUCUCCCCCUCCCAAGAAGAAAAAGAAAAAGAAAGGCGGCCACCGGAGAAGCCGCAAAAAGAGGAGACUGGACUCCGAGUGCAGCUGUGGGAGCUCCUCACCCCUGCGCAAGAAGAAGAAGAGUGUGAAGAAACACCGCAGAGACAGGUCUGAUUCUGGGUCCCGGAGGAAGAGACGACACAGAUCUCGAAGCCCCAAGAGCAAAAGAAAAGAGAAGAACAAAGAGAGGAAGAGGCCACACGCGGAGUCCCCAGGUCGGAGGCCCCGUCGCCACAGCAGCGGCAGCUCCCAGAGCCCCUCCCUCUCCUCCCACUACAGCGAUUCCAGAUCACCCAGCAGGCUGAGCCCCAAGCACCGAGAUGACGGGCGGAAGACGGGCAGCCAGCGGUCCAGCGGGAGCCAGUCGCCUUCCCAGUCGGGCGGCAGUGGAUGGGGGUCGCCCCAGCAGAACGGCGGUAACAGACAGCGGAGCGGAGCGCACGGGGGCCGUCCCGGCUCGGCGCACAGCCCGCCAGAUAAGCCCAGCUCGCCCUCGCCCAGGGCCCGCGACCAGGCGGAGGCCGGCGCAGCCACGCCGGCCCGCAGGGACAAGGACAGCGAAGGCCGCGCGAGGCACGCCGAGGCCGAGGCCGCCCGCGCCCGGCGCCGCUCCCGAAGCUACUCACCCAUCCGCAAGCGGCGCCGGGACUCGCCCAGUUUCAUGGAGCCGCGGCGCAUCACCAGUGCCCGAAAGCGUCCCAUCCCCUACUACCGGCCCAGCCCCUCGUCCUCCUCCAGCUGCCUGAGCAGCGACUACUCAAGCCGGAGCCCCAGCCGCAGCCCCAGUCCAGGCCACAGCCACGGAAGCUACAGCAGCCGCAGCCGCGGGACCCGCAGCCACACGCGCAGCCCCUCUCGGACCCCCAGUCCCAGCUACCACAGCCGGAGCAGCUCAGAGAGUGGGGGCUUCUGAGCCCGGACAGACCAGCUUGGUGCCUCCUGGCAUAGGGAGAGGCGAGGGGUCAGGCCCCGGGACCCGUGGGGGGGCCUGCACCCCACUGCUACCAAGGGGUCCCCGGGCCAGGGAAGACCUUGAGCGUGGGCACCCUGCAGACAAGGAGGAGCUGGGUUCUGCUGCUUCUAGAGGGUCCCCACCCCCACCUCCUGCCUGCCCACCGUGUCCAGGGAACAAAGAGCCGUUUCGAACACAGGGAUCGCCUUGUCCCCUUUCCUGCUUGAUGCCAGCUCACCAGGCUGGGGACAGCUCGGCGGACCCAGGGACACCUCGGAAGGUGCCAGAUCUGGCAGCCUCCCAUACCCACUCCACAGGGCUCUCGGCUCCUCUCUAUCAGUGCACAAACAAGGAGGUGGGACGGCAAGCAGGAUCUAAGUUAAACAGAAGGAACAAUGGCCUAACCCUUGGUGCAUCACCGUCCAGGCUGGGGAGCGGCUUCCCUCUGAGCUGGCUGCAGGACCCUGGCUGAUGGCUGGAGGCUGGCCCCACAGCUGCCCCCAACCCCUCCCCUGGCCUAGGAGGACCCAGACUAGAUGGGCCCCUAAGCCCCAGCCCGAGGAGCCAGGGAGGUCACUCUUGGCCCCACCUCUCCCUUCCAGGCCAGGCUCUCCCCUGCGGCCCUCACCCCAUGCCCUGGGCUGAGGCCACAGCAGCCAGGCCUGCAUGACAAGAGGUGGGACAUACAGACUACACUGCAUCUGACCCUGAGAUCAAAAGGGGUUCAGGUCUGAAGGGGGGAGAGAGAAGGCGUAGAUGGAAGAAGAGCCUGUGAGGAGUGGGAGAAGGCAAUGUAGUCUGAUGACUGAGCAAGCCCUGGUGUCCCAGUGUGCCCUGUGUCUGGGACAUGGACCAGAUGGCAGCACAGGGUUGUAGGUAUAGGAUAACAGGCACUUUGGGGCCUGCCCGAGGGAACACUUCCUUCCCGGGAUUUGGUGGGGAGGUGAUCAGUGGAGACUACCCAGAGAGGGGUGCUACAGCAAAGGGUAAGAUCUAGACUGAGGGCCUCAGCCUGGGACCUUGAGUGGCACCCCUGCCCCCAGCCCUCUUCUGCUGCUCCCAGCCCACUCCUCCUGGGGCCCUCAGGGAUCUCACGAAGUCUUCCUUGGCCCAACAGGGCAUCUGCCCUGGGCUCCCAUGAGGGGAGGGGGGUCUGGGGUCUGGUCCGGGUUCCCCCCUCUCUAUUUUCCCCUCCCUCUUUCUCCGCGGUGCGGAAAAAAUUGGACUCUAAUAAAACACUUGGUGCCCGGAUGGUA